CAACCAGAAAAACCUCAUUAAAAAACUUUUACAAGUGUCCAUAGAGAGAGAGAGAGAGGAAUGAACGAGAUGAGCGAGAGAGAGACUAGUUUCGAAGGUUCAAACAUCAAGAGGAUGAGACUCGAUGACGAUGACUCAGAUGUUUCACGCUCACCGGAGAGGACGGUUUCUUCUUCUUCUUCUUCUUCUCUGGCUUAUUCUGCCUCGGAUUCUGAAGAAGAGGCUCAUCAGAGCUCAAGCUGUUCUAGCAGCGAUACUCGUCUGCCAUUUUUAGAUCUCGAGGGUCGUCAUCACCAAAUCUCCGAAACCGAAAUAUCGUCGUCAUUAAUCACCAUCAAUUUCAGAACCCAAGGAGAAACAGCUGAGAUGGACUCUGCGACGACGACGACCAUGGAGACGGAGAGGAGAGACGGACAAAAGACAGAGAAGAAGGAGAAAACGCCGACGCAGGCUGAGCUUGACGACUUCUUCUCGGCGGCGGAGAGACGCCAACAGAAACGAUUCACGGACAAGUACAACUACGACAUCGUGAAUGAUACGCCGCUUGAAGGUCGUUACGAGUGGGUUAGUCUGAAGCCGUAAAAGGCUAAGAAGCAGAAGACAACGACGUCGUAGGUACUCUGUGAGUUUUGUCACAGACAGAGAGAAUCAUAGCUUAGGACCGUUUUAUUUCGUUAUUGUACAGUCGGUCAGUCCUCUCUUGCUUAGCUUAUUGUAGUUUCCUUAUUUAUCUUCUUCUUAUGUUCUUCGUACCAUGAGAAACAAAAAAGGACGCUGCUUUCUUUUCGAAGUUUAUCAUUUUUAAUGUCUA